GCCACACUUUAUUGAUGCCUGAGCCACACAGGUUUGACGUAGCCAAGCAUGCCACAGGCAAACAACUGGAAGCAAGGAAGGUCUGCAAGGUCUAGCGGUUAGGCAAAUCUAGUGCUAAAGCUCAGCCCGUCAGCACCUGCAAUUAAUGAAAACCGCGGCCCCAAAUCAAGAAAAAUCACCAAGAAAAAAAAAGAAGUGUACAUAUCGUCGCUCAACAACACGGACUCUCGGGAUUCUUUAGGGACCGCAGCAGCCGACAUCAACGCGUCUAAAAGAGGAAAAGAAAAAGAAAAGACUAAACCUCUUGGUCGUUAUUGACUUACUUCUUUUCUCACCACCUCUUUUAUUGAGUGUCAAGAUUUAAAAGUGUCCACCAGCCGACGAUCCGAUAUCCCCCCACCCUUCGACUUUCAAAGCUUCGCCCUUUGUCCUACCGAGCCUUUAAUUUAGAGCUGUUAAACUAUCUGAGGAAUACAGAAUUUCUAUAGUCUCUACAGUCUCUACCGGCGCGGUAUCUUUUUCAGCUCAACAGUCCCGACCUGCCGAUCUUGUUGUUCCUUGACCUACGAAACCUCUCGAUAUCCUCAGCUUAGCUAGAAAGGUACUCACUAAAUACUUGUCGCGUAUGCAAAACAAGACCAUUGCUAGCUAGUAUCCUCGCCGCCGACCUCUGCUCUAUCUACGCCUGCAUAUAUACGUGGAAGCGUAUAAGCAAUAACCGCCAUGACAAAACCACGUCGUGGUGUUCGUUUCCCCGGUCGAAGCGUCAAUGGCCACGUCUCUUCUGACGGUAGGAGAUCUAGCUUCAGCGAAAUAAGUGAAGAUGGAUCAGGGUCUCCUAUCAAAACUAAAAGCUCGCCGCAGCUAGACGGUAUUAGCGAAAAAGCCUCAGAACAGCCCCAGAUGACUGACUACGAGAAGAAAAAGGCCAACUUCCUUACGCGAACUUUCUGGACCUUCGUCAUGAUAGGGGGUUUCUUCGCAGCUCUGUUUUCAGGCCACAUAUACAUCAUCGCUUGCAUUACUGCUGUACAAAUCGUCUCCUUCAAAGAAGUCAUUGCCAUUGCCAGUGUCCCCAGUCGAGCCCGACAGCUACGUCCUACUAAGAGCUUGAACUGGUAUUGGCUUGCUACCACCAUGUAUUUCCUCUACGGCGAGACGGUCAUUUACUACUUUAAGCAUAUCGUACUUGUCGACAAGGUUCUGCUCCCGUUAGCCACGCAUCACCGCUUUAUUAGCUUCGUCUUAUAUGUCAUCGGCUUCGUCUUCUUCGUCGCCAACCUCAAGGCCGGACACCUGAAGUUUCAGUUUACCAACUUUGCUUGGACGCAUAUGGCGCUGUACUUGAUCGUCGUACAGGCUCACUUCGUCAUGAACAACGUCUUCGAGGGCAUGAUCUGGUUCUUCCUGCCCGCGGCCUUGGUUAUCACUAACGAUAUCUUCGCUUACAUCUGCGGUAUUACUUUUGGUCGAACCCAGUUAAUCAAGCUUUCUCCCAAGAAGACGGUAGAGGGCUUUUUGGGUGCUUGGAUUAUGACCAUUGUCUGGGCUGUGCUUCUAACGAACGUGCUAAUGCGAUCCAAAUACUUCAUCUGCCCCGUCAACAAUCUUGGAUCCAGCAUCUUUACCGGUCUCGAGUGUGAUCCCAACCCGGUGUUCCUCCCGCACACGUAUACACUCCCCGAUCUAUUCUUCCUUCCUGGGAGGACCAAUUUUUCCUUCACUACCGAACCCAUGCAGUUUCACGCCAUCGUAUUGGCGACUUUUGCAUCCUUAAUCGCACCUUUUGGUGGCUUUUUCGCAUCGGGACUCAAGCGGACCUUUAAGAUCAAGGACUUUGGCGACUCGAUCCCCGGCCACGGUGGCAUGACCGACAGAAUGGACUGUCAGUUUAUUAUGGGAUUCUUCGCCUUCAUCUACUACCAAACUUUUAUCGCACAGCACAAAGUCAACGUUGGAAAUGUCAUGGAGAUGGCUAUUACGGGGUUGGCACCAGAGGAGCAGAUUGAACUGAUUAAGGGAAUGAGCAGAUAUCUAGAAAAUCAAGGAGUCUGGGGACCUGAAGUGAGUAACAUACGUGUCCCAACCCCCUUGGGAUGAACCAUUCUCUAACUGAUUAUACUUAGGUUCAUGCAUGUCUAGAUCGAGUAACGAGUGUAUAGCUACUCGACAG